AUGUACAGAAAACCAACACAUGCCGACCGAUUACUAGACCAGUCUUCGUACAACCCGACCUCUCACAAGGCUACUACUAUCAGGACUCUGACGAGACGAGCGCAAGUAGUUUGCGACUCACCUGACAGCCUGUAAGACGAGACUGAUUAUCUUAACAACGUUUUUAGUAAGAACAAUUACAACACGGGCUUUGUUAGACGGGACACUCACAGUAACACUGAUUCCAAGGAUCAGACCAACUCUGGCCCUGUUACGACAGCGACUACACCGUACAUCAGAGGCACCUCUGAAACUAUUGCACGUAUAUUACAACCUUACAAUAUACGUGUUGCACAAAAACCGAUAACCACUUUACGGCGACUGCUUACUAAUGUCAAGGACAAAGACAAACUGGAGGACAGACAGGGAGCAGUAUACAAGAUCAAAUGCUGCGACUGCCAUGCUUCUUACAUUGGUGAAACCGGCAGAAAGCUAGGCACGCGACUGACCGAACACAAGCGAGCGACGAGCAAUGGUGACGUCAACAAUCACAUUGCUGAGCACCAUUUAAAGACGAAACAUCAAAUUUACUGGGACUCUGCGAGAUGUAUA